GUAUGACCCGGAGACGACCUUGCGUUCUGCGUCUCUCCGAACGAGCGAUGUCUGGCCGCGCGCUGUUCGCCUGUGAGCGGCGUAGUGUCUUGCCUCGCGGCAUUCUGCCUGUACCAUACAGCGGCGAUUGGUCGCUCCUCUUCGUCACCAUGUUAAUACUUACUAGUCAGAAGGAUCGUUCUGUCAUCGACCGAAUCGGUACGGCUCUACGAGUUGCUCAGGAAGGAGCUUUUAGCCCUACGCUUACCGAAUCACCCGAACCCCCGACCUCACCGAGCCAUCUGAAACGCCAGGCGGCGGCUAUCGAGACCGCCAACAACUACAAGAAGGUCCGCUUUGAAGCCGAGACCGAGGACGAUCUUUCUGACUCGGAUAGCAGCUCGCUGCAAUGCGCUACUGAAGAGACUACAAGCACCGGCUCUGUCAGCCCGCAUCUCAAUUCUGCCAGUUCUGUUUGUCUCGAUGACGUAUUCUGUUCGGUACCUGGCCGAUUGUCGCUGCUCAGCAGCACAUGCAAGUACAAGGUUACUCUCGCUGAGAUACAAAGAAGACUCUCUCCGCCAGAAAACUUGAAUGCCUCAAUCCUUGGAGGAAUUCUGAGAAGGGCAAAGUCGAAGAAUGGUGGUAAAGAGCUUAGGGACAUGCUCGAUAAGAUGGGCCUUAGUCUCCCAGUGGGUCGCCGCAAGUCAGCAACCGUCACGCUACUCACCUCACUCGUUGAAGGAGAAGCCACACAUUUAGCCAGGGACUUUGCAUUCAUCACAGAAACAGAGUUUCCCGCGGCUAGUUUGGCUGCUCAUGUCACUGAACAACAUCGAAACAAUAACGAGAAUUUACAAAAACGCAAAGAAUGUUUGAUAAAUGCUGUGCAGAUUUUGCAAGAGUUCAUCGACCUGCUGAGCUGCUCGUCCUCCACGGAGGCUGCCGCUCCCGAGACCGUACAGGCCGACCUUCGGCACUUCAGCCUGUGCACACAUGGAUUCGGUGCUCCGGCCAUGAUUGCUUCGAUGCAAGCUUGCCUUAAAUAUGUAAAAGCAUCAAUGGAGAAUCUCUCACCAAUAAAUAUGGUCCCGACAUUGGAUUCGGAUGAAAUCGACUUUGCCGCAUUAUAUCAAAAAAUGCAAAUGAAGGGUGUUAAUUCAAGUGUUAUCAGGAGCGUUCUCAAUACUCCGGCUAUGUUUAACAUUCCUCAGUAGUAGUAGAAUCGUAAUUCACAUAAUUUUUGCAGCAUAUGAAAAUCCUCACCAAUUUGUUUUGUGUGUUGUUUACGUAUUAAUAAUCAUUUUUCAAUGAGGUGCUCCUCCCUCAAAAUAUGUUGUUCCUAUCUAAUCCGCGUUUUUUUGCUUGGAUUUGUUUUUUUAUUUUUUGAGUUUUUCUGAGUCGCUUCUUUGAAGUUCACUUCCAUUUAUCACAUAUUGCGCUAAUAAUAUCGGACCAGUUAACUCUACGAUUGUGGCCUCACAUAUCCCCAUAUUCGAUGCCCGAGGGCAUCUUCACUUUUUUCGCAGCAUCUCUCUCCCUCUUGAAGUUAUUUUAAUGUCUCUUACUGUUUUUGGAGUGCAAUGAGUGGUAACCUGUGGCGAAGAAACUGCCGCCGCGUUUUCGUGUCGUGACCAUAGAAUAGCUUUUUCUCGCGUCCUCUGCACUUUAGUUCCCCUACUGUUCCGCUCUAUUUAGUUGUUUCUGUUCCUAUUCUUGUGAUACCCUAAUCACUCAGUGUCAAGUGUUUUCAUACAGGAGUUUCAGACUCUUCUCAUUGCAUAACUCUCUCUCCCCACAGUAUCCACUAUCAUUUCCUCUUCUUUAUCUUUUUUUUUCUAUAAGAGUUUAAGUCAUUUCUAUCGUUAUUAGUGUUAAUUGUACUACAUCAUUGAUAUGUGCAUAGAUUAUUUCACUUGCAACCGCCUGUCAUCUAAUUCACUUUAAAAUAGUGUGUUUACGGGAAUUCGACGUGUUUAGUGUCACUUUUCUGCCUUCGGACAUGUUAUUACGUGUUGAGCGAUCUUGAUUAGUUCCAAUCGUCACUUCCUUGUUCAUAAAGACCAUCUUUUUAUAAUUAAAUUCUUGUAAUCUCUCCACCCCUCAGUGUUGGCACUAAAGCUUUUCGA